AUGAGUCGUCUGGGAGGCGCUGCGACGAAGGUGGGCCAUGGCGGGACCUUGGAUCCUUUUGCCUCUGGCGUCCUCGUGAUCGGCAUCGGACUUGGGACGCGGAUGCUGAAGAACUUCCUCCAUGGAAGCAAGACAUACCAAGCCACUGUGCGCAUGGGUAUUGAGACGGACACGCAGGACUCUGCUGGAACUACGGUGAAAACGGAUCCCUUUGACUGCGUGACUCGUGAAGCCUUGGAGGACUUGGAUCUGGUGCAGCAUGCUGCUAUUCGGAAAUAUGAUAUUCCGGUCCCUCCCAUCUGUUUGAGUCGAGCGAAGUACCGCUUGCAGGCAUUGGCCAUGAGUGCAAAGACGGAGGUCGACGUCGAUGCCUUGAGGAAGCUCAUUCCCGUGGGUGCCAAGCCUUCGAGCACAGAAUGCCGGGAGCGGCUCUUUAAGGAGUUCGUGGUUCGCUCCGCCCAUCUGAUCGGAAUGGGUGCAGCCACCGCCAGCAAGGGCAAGUCUCGAGCGUGGGGCGGCACAUUGAGCCAAGAUAGCAUCUUGACCCUCCUGCAAAAGGCCCUGCAGCAGGCUAAGGUGCUCCGUGAAUGUGACCACUCGGACAUCGAAUGCUUGGUCCAGCAAGCCUUCCGGGCGGCGACACGAUCCCUUGAGCCCGUCUCCGGACCGGACAACGACUUCAUCGAUAUGAAUCAGUGGCACAUUCUGGCGUUUUACCUCGUGACUGGCCUGAGUCUGCUCGCCAACGGCCAGUGGCGCAAUGGACGCAUGGGCUGGGCCAUGGCCAUGGAAGACUUCGGAUCUCUGUGCCAGCGCCUGGUUUCCUCGAGGUGGAGCGCUGACAUGGUCCCCGAGGUGGUGGAUCAGCUGCAGGAGUGGGCCAAGUCACCCAACGCAGCUGCUUGGGAUCUCGAGGCCCCGGAAGGCGUCGUCGACUUCGCAACAGUGGCCGAGUGGCUGGUGAACAGCCAGCUCCCGACAUGGCACGGCAUUGAAGAGGAGAUCCAGAGCCGAAAGAGGGCAUUCCAGCUUCUGCAGCUCAUGAACAACACGCCCUCUUUGCCGAACUCUGUGCCAGGAAAGCUCACGCCGCGCAACUGUUUCGGUCCCGAGACUUCCUUGCUGGUGAUGCCAGCAACCGUCUGGCAGACCACGAACAGGUCGAAGGAGAUUGAGCAAAGGGAACCAUCGGGAAGAGGCGCCCUGAGCCAAACUUACAAGAUGCGCUUAAGCUUCGAGUUUUUCGCGUUGAAACUCUCCCGAGGCGGCGCAUCAGUGAUCAGCUGCUUGCAGCUUGUCCUGGGACACUUGCGUGAGGGGCCGGUGAAGGGACAGCGCCUCUACCAGUUGGCACAGGCUGGCAAAGAGGUGAUCCGGAAGCCGCGCGAGGUACAGGUGCACGCGCUUGACCUGACGAGCUUUGAGCCACCACGGUUCUCGCUGCGCGUGGAAUGCGGUGGAGGGCUUUAUGUGCGCACUUUGGGCCACGACCUGGCCAAAGCA